UAUUACAAAGAAAAUAAGUAAAACAUUUUCUCAUUAUCUUACAAUGGCGGAUACACAUCGUGUUGACCGUACUGAUAGGCACUUGCAAUUUCAGUCGCCGUAUGAAGGUGGCGGAGGUUACGGUGGCGGCGGUUACAAGAGCAUGAUGCCUGAAAGUGGCCCAUCUACCACCCAAGUAUUGUCCCUUUUGAUUGGAGUCCCUGUCGUCGGUUCGCUACUUGCUUUGGCCGGUUUACUUCUAGCUGGUUCGGUGAUCGGCUUAAUGGUCGCUUUACCGCUAUUCCUCCUCUUUAGCCCGGUUAUAGUCCCAGCGGCUCUAACCAUCGGGCUUGCUAUGACAGGCUUCUUAGCCUCAGGAAUGUUCGGUCUAACCGGACUAAGCUCAAUCUCAUGGGUCAUGAACUACCUUCGUGGGACAAGGAGGACAGUGCCUGAGCAAUUGGAGUAUGCUAAGAGGAGAAUGGCUGAUGCGGUGGGCUACGCUGGACAGAAGGGCAAAGAAAUGGGCCAGCAUGUGCAGAGCAAGGCCCAAGAUGUUAAACAAUAUGAUAUUUCUAAGUCACAUGACACUACCACUAAGGGUCAUGAGACUCAGGGGAGGACGACGGCUGCAUGAUGAGUUUUCAGUAUGAACGGUAGUUAUGUAUUUUCAUCAUGAUGUCUUUUUUCAUGUUCAGUGUUUUUUUUUUGUUUGGCUUUUUGUUGAACUAUGUAUGUGUUGUGUCUUUGUAAUGUUGUGGUAAUAUUUGAAUGUUUAAA